CUUGGAUGGUGAGCAGCAGGUCACCUCACCAUGAGUUACUGGAGUCUGGAGAAGAGGAGCUGUCUGCAGUACUGCAGGCACUUCCUGGUGGACAACGGAGUGUUCCACGUUGAAAGAUGCAUGAGUGUGAUGCAGUCUGGGACCCAGAUGGUGAAGCUGAAGAGUGGCACCAAGGGGCUGGUCCGACUCUUCUACCUGGAUGAGCACAGGACCUGCAUCCGAUGGAGACCCUCCAGGAAGAGCGAAAAGGCCAAAAUUGUCAUCGACUCCAUUUACAAAGUGGCGGAAGGUCGGCAGUCGGAAAUCUUCCAGCGCCACGCCGAGGGCAGCUUCGAGCCCAGCUGCUGCUUCACCAUUUACCAUGGCAGCCACAUGGAGGCCCUGGACCUGAUCACAUCCAACCCCGAGGAGGCUCGCACCUGGGUCACGGGGCUCAAGUACCUGCUGGCUGGGAUCAGCGAUGAGGACUCCCUCGCCAGGCGGCAGAGGACGCACGACCACUGGGUCAAGCAGACCUUUGAGGAGGCUGACAAGAAUGGGGAUGGGCUGCUGAACAUUGAGGAGAUCCACCAGCUGAUGCACAAGCUCAACGUCAACCUGCCCCGCAGGAAGGUCCGGCAGAUGUUUCAGGAAGCAGACACAGAUGAGAACCAAGGCACCUUGAACUUUGAGGAGUUUUCAGUGUUCUACAAGAUGAUGUCCCUCCGGCGAGACCUCUACCUGCUGCUCCUAAGCUACAGUGACAAGAAGGAUCACCUCACUGUUGAAGAGCUGGCUCAGUUUCUAAGGGUGGAACAAAAGAUGACCAAUGUGACACCAGAAUAUUGUCUUGACAUCAUACAGAAGUUUGAAGUGUCGGAAGAAAACAAGAAGCAAAAUGUUCUUGGCAUUGAAGGUUUCACCAACUUCAUGCGCAGCCCUGCCUGCGACGUCUUUAACCCCCUGCACUGCGAGGUGCACCAGGACAUGGAGCAGCCCCUCUGUAACUACUUCAUUGCUUCAUCUCACAACACCUACCUGACAGGAGACCAGCUGCUCUCCCAGUCCAGAGUGGAGAUGUACGCCCGGGUGCUGCAGGACGGCUGCCGCUGCAUCGAAGUGGAUUGCUGGGAUGGUCCAGAUGGAGAGCCAGUGGUGCACCAUGGCUACACUCUUACUUCCAAGAUCCUCUUCCGUGACGUGGCAGAGACCAUCAAUAAAUAUGCCUUCAUCAAAAAUGAGUUUCCUGUGAUACUGUCUAUUGAAAACCAUUGCAGUAUCCAGCAGCAGAAGAAGAUUGCUCAGUACUUGAAGGAGAUACUUGGUGACAAACUGGACUUGUCAUCUGUAGCCACUGGAGAUCCCAGGCAGCUUCCCAGCCCUCAAAAUUUGAAAGGGAAAAUCCUAGUGAAGGGUAAGAAGCUGCCCUGCAGCCUGGGAGCAGAUGCUGAGGAAGGAGAAGUUUCAGAUGAGGACAGCGCUGACGAGAUUGAAGACGACUGCAAACUAAAGCCUUGCUAUAGUAAUGGUGCAACUCAGCACCAGGUGGAAUCUUUCAUAAGAACAAAACUGGAAUCUCUGAUCAAAGAAUCCCAAAUCAGGGACAAGGAAGAUCCUGACAGCUUCACUGUGAGAGCCCUGCUGAAGGCCACCCACGAGGGGCUAAAUGUUAACCUGAAGCAGAACCUGGACUUGAAAGAAGGUGGAAAAAAGUCUCACAGUCGAUCCUUAAUGGGCAACUUUGGUAAGCACAAAAAAGCUGUGAAGGCAGCAGCCAAAUACCAGAGUGCAUCAGAUGAGGAAGAAAGCCAGCAAAACCCCUCUGGGAAGGAAGCAGGGCAGCUGCACAGCAGGCUGACACGGCGAAGGAAAACGGUGAAGCUGUGCCGCGCUCUCUCUGACCUCGUGGUCUACACCAACUCUGUGGCAGCCCAGGAUAUAGUAGAUGAUGGAUCCACAGGGAACGUGCUGUCAUUCAGUGAAACCAGAGCCCACCAAGCAGUGCAGCAGAAGGCUGAGCAGUUCAUGCUCUACAACCAGAAGCAGCUCACAAGGGUCUAUCCAUCAGCCUACAGGAUUGACUCCAGCAAUUUCAAUCCUUUGCCUUACUGGAAUGUUGGUUGCCAGUUAGUGGCACUCAACUACCAGUCUGAGGGACGUGUGAUGCAGUUAAAUGAAGCAAAGUUUAGGGUAAAUGGCAACUGUGGUUACGUCCUCAAGCCUCAGCAGAUGUGCAAAGGCACAUUCAACCCCUACUCUUCUGAUCCACUUCCUGCCAGUCCUAAAAAGCAGCUGAUUCUGAAGAUCAUCAGUGGACAGCAGCUACCAAAGCCUCCAGACUCAAUGUUAGGAGACAGGGGAGAGAUAAUUGAUCCCUUUGUUGAGGUGGAGAUUAUUGGGCUGCCUGUUGACUGCUGCAAAGAUCAGACCAGGGUGGUUGAUGACAAUGGGUUUAAUCCUGUCUGGGAGGAAACCCUCACUUUCACCAUCCACAUGCCGGAAAUAGCUUUGGUGCGGUUCCUCGUCUGGGACCACGAUCCCAUCGGGCGAGACUUUGUUGGACAAAGGACUCUGGCCUUCAGCAGCUUGGUCCCUGGUUAUCGCCAUGUGUACUUGGAGGGGCUGCCAGAAGCAUCCAUAUUUGUUCACAUCACCAUUAAUGAGAUCUAUGGGAAGUGGAGCCCUUUAAUCCUCAAUCCCAGUUACACAAUCUUGCACUUUCUAGGAGCCACAAAGAACAAGCAGCUGAUAGGACUCAGAGGGCUGUUUAACAAGCCCCCUAAGGCCGGCUCCGCCGAGAGCGGCGGGCACUACAUCCGGAAGCGCUCCCUGGGCGAGAGGAUCCUGCGGCGCACGGCCAGCGCGCCGGCCAAGGGCAGGAAGAAAAGCAAGCUGGGCUUCCUGGAAGCUGCUGAGAUCAAAGACAGUGCUUCUGAGCCAGCAGACCUGAAAGACUUGAAGGAAGGAGUGGUCAGGCGCACGAGCCGGAGCCUGCAAGCCCGCCCUGCUUCUAUGCCUGUGGAUAAAUACCUCCUGAUGGAGCUGCCCUGCCCAGGAGAUGAACCUGCCCCAGAUGCCAAAGGAAAACAAAAUGCAGCUGCCAGCAGUGAGGACACUUCAAGUGGGCAAGAAACAAACCUGGAAGACUCUGGUUCAGCAAAUGCUCCAAGUUUGCCAUCUCAGUUGAUGAAGAAUGAGCAGAAGGAGGCCUCAGUUGAUUCUUUAGCACCACCUCUGCAAGAGCAACCUGGGCACUCAGUUUUUCCAAGUGUGGCUGAAAUGAAUCACCUCACAGACUGCCAGGAAAAUGAUCUCCCUGGUGGAGCUGUGCCCCUCAUGCAGGGCUCUGAUGUUGACAUUUCCACAGGAGCACCCUGUGACAAAAUCUGUGCAGACCAUGAGAAGGUUGAUGGCACAGAAGGGUCUGAGAGGGGGCAACUAACUCUUGUGAGGGCUUCCUGCUCUCAAAACGUAGAGGUGGAAACCCACAGAUGUGACAUCAUGAAGGAGAGCACUGCAGCACCUCCUUCUUCAACAGAUACUUCCUCUGCCAUUUGCUCUGCUGCCCCUGCCCUGCACUCCACCUCAGCCAUGCAGGACAGUGACAUUUCUCGCCUGAUAGAUGAGGUGUCCUUGGCCACUGAGAGCCAGAUGGACAGCGCCGUCUCGGCUCUGAUCGGACAGCUGGAUCUCACUGACGACCAAACCAACCUUAGCAAGGUCUCAAGCCCCGCUGGCUCCAGCAGCCAGACCUUCAGCAUGCUGGCCACACAGCCAGGUGUGCCUACUGCUGAUCUCCACAGCCCCUGCAAGCACAACUCUCCCGCUGCUCGGUCCACCGAGUCGCCUUUGUUCUCCACUCCUGAUCCCACCGCGUUCCCCAGCCCCGAGACUGCUGAGUACUCCACGUACACGAUUGUCCACGAGGCCACUCUGACACCAGCUUCUGAGUGUAAGCCCCACUGUGAGGCAGCCUGCAAGAAAAAGUUAAGUAGCAUAGAAAACAACCUGGCCAGUUCUCCUUGCCCUUCACCCCUCUCUUUGCUCAAGGUGAAUCCCAAGAGAAAACAAGGAACAAAACCCGGACCGAGCUGGGAAGCCCCCAAGUCUGCCUCUCCUUUUGCUUCCAACAGCCUCGUCUUUGAGGAGACUCUUGUUGACCCUCUCACUGGUGAGACUUCAGAGAGCAGCAGCCUAGUAGAAGUAGAUGGGGAUUCUCAGGAUCUCCUGGUCACUGCCUGUGAGUACAGAAGGGAAGACAUGAGCCAGUUGGCCUCCCCUUUGAAACUGAGGCAAAGGCAGCACGCUGGGUGCGGCGGUGGCAGGUCCUCUGGGAACGGCACAGCUAUGGAGCUCUGCUCUGCUGCCCUGGGCUGCUCAGACCACUUCAGGACUGCAGGCCCUCAGCUGCCUUUCCCCAUGUGUGCAAAUGUUGGAUUCCUGUAUCGCCACCCCGCAGAGAAGCAGGCAAAGGUAACCUGCGCCGCUGAGAGCCCCCCGCUCGGCGCGUGCUCCCCGCGGCUCCACGGCGCUUUGGCUUUCCCACCUCGCUCAGCCAUCAAGCAGAGCAGCCCUUGCAAAUCCAAGAGCCUCGGGGACUUGACAUCCGAGGACAUCUCCUGCAACUUUGAAAGUAAGUACCAGUACAUCAGCAGGAGCUUCAUCUCCUCGGGCAUGAGGGACAAGAAGCUCGCCGCUAUGAAGAACGUGAGGCCGCACUCCACCGACGCCCUGACGGAGCAGCUGAGGAAGCUGGUGUCCCUCGACCAGGAGGACACCCAGCAAGCUCUCUGCUCCAGGCAGAUCGAUGAGGACUGCCCCAAAGCCCUGGUCAGAAAGCUCUCCUCCAGGAGCCAGAGCAGAGUGCGGAACAUCGCCAGCCGUGCCAAGGAGCGGCAGGAGGCCGCCAGCAAGCACAAGCCUGCCCACUCCGGCGGCGGCACGGGGGUGGUCCUUCGGAGCAGGCCCUCGGCGCCUCCUCACGGUGUCAACAGGCACUCCACAGGCUCCUACAUAGCCAAGUACCUCAAUGGCUUCCCCGGGGAGGACCCGGAGGGCCGCGGAAUGCCGGAGGGCGCCUGCGCCGCCUUCCACUCCGGCUGCGGCGACCGCCUGUACGCCCAGCACUCUGUCCUGCAGCUGGAGCCCAGCGCUGAGGACCAGCCUGAGGUCUACUUCCUGCUGAGACUGUAG